ACUGAGGACGAUAAGGAAAAAACUCUAUUUUAAUCUUCCAAUCUAUCAUAGUGUAAUAUAAACAACAUCAAAGUUAUAAAAUACGAGUAGAAAAAGAAAAGUUCGCACUUUUGUGUUCCAUUACAUAAUAGUCGAAAGGGAUUAAAAACCACAAAAGUAAUUAUUAACCACUAUGCGCAUGCUGCACGUACUAUAAAAAGUCUUAUAAAAAUAAAUAACUGUAACUAUGGAAAUUCUCCUAAUCCAAUAUCCAUUUGAUUGACCUAAAUUCUGGGACAUUUUUAAAAAGUUUUUUUCCCCUUAUUUAUUAAAAAUUUAAUUUUAUGCUUUAAAUAUUUUAAUAAAAUGCCUUUAGAAAAUAACACACAAAAAUUAAAAUCCACACGACAAAAGCAAUAUGUUGUUGAGAGAAUCCAAGGUGAUGCACUGACUGCUCGAGUUAAAGAUAAGCAAGACUUUAUUUGUAGUCCUCGUGCUCCAGUGAAAAUACUCGAAUACCUUGAUCAACAAUGCGAAGAGUAUGUUCAAGAUGAAUUAGCUGUGGGCGACGCAAAAAAAAGCAAUCAAAGACCUUUCUUACGGCAUCCUCCACCCUGCGUUUUUCUUCCUUUUCUUAGACGACGUCGAGAACACACUGGAAUGUACACUGUGGAAAAGGUAAAAAGAGAAGCGGAAUCGUUAACCUACUGUCUUAAGAAAAUAUCUCCUGCAUUAAAUGACACUUUUCAUAAAGCGUGUUAUAAGCACACCCCUGUUCACAACAAUUCGAUUUGGGAAGUGAGUGCCGUUGAAAAAGAAAAAAAAACACCGAUAAGUCCAAAACCUUCUAAUAUAAGGACAGUGACGGUUAUCAACGAGUCACCCGUUCAUAAUCCAAGCUCUUUUAAAGACAAGGAAAUAUCAACAAUACACUAUAGGGUCACAAAUGAUAAUGCAUAUUGUAACGAACUGUCUCAACAAAAUAUGAACUGUCACCUGAUGGACCAUUAUGCUGUUGAUUCUCUGUGUGAUACUCCAGGAAGUAGAAAAAUCUGUCAAUGUCAUGAGGACUGCACAACAACGGACAAAAACACUCAUGUUUAUGUGGAAAAAUGUCGUAAACCAUCUCCUACCAUUGUAUCUAUAUCACAAUGUCAAAAAUGUCCUUCACCUUAUAUUAAGGAUAACAUGAAUGAAAGUGCGCCUGGUUCACGAUUCGACUGCCAUUCUACACAACACCAACGAAUGGAUUCGUGCAACAUGCAUUCUAACGGUUCUAUAACAGAGUGCCACGUUUCUCAAAAUCAAUUGUCUCCUACUGUUUGUAUUUGCGAUACACAGCCAUCAAGCAAGUCACGUCAACUAGCUCAAGGUACAUGCGCCUGUGACAAUGUAUCUUCAACCAAACGAAACGAACAUUCUACAUGUCGUGAAAUGAAAAAUUGCUGUCAUAACAUUCAUUCAAGAGCCUGUCACAAAGAACAGGAAUGCACUAAACCACAAGAUGCAUUGAAUGAUAACGCAUUAACGGCGUUAGAUAAUCGCUUACGUUACGCACCCGAAGAACAACGUAUAAUGCCUUCGACAUAUACGAAAUCUUGUUGUUGCCACAAAAAUGAGUACGCACCCUUGCAAACCGUUGAGCAACAGAAAUGUUCGGAAAAAGACAACUCAAGUCUUUGUAGUCACGGUUUUUCCAAGUUCGCACAUCCAGCGUCUUGUAUGGAAUUUAAAAAUGUCUGCCACGAGGAAUGUCAACAAGAGCGUUUGCAAUCCUUUAAUGAAAAUUAUCCAUACACUGCAAAUGAAAGGAUACACAGACCAGAUGGGUCAACCAAAAACACUUCAUCGUAUACGGUUGUAAGUAAUCGGGAAGAUCAUUUGAAUCCCCUCGUUCAAACUCACAUUUCGUCAAAAGAACCGAUGCGUUGCAAGUAUACCACUUCAAAUUUAGUAUGUUCAAGAAAGGUUGAAGAGCCGAGAACCGUUUACAUUUGUGAAAAAAGCGGGCCUUCAUCGCAAUGUAGCUCGGACGAAAAAAGUGGCGCAACCUUUCACGUUUAUUCUACUUCUACACCUUCCUACAAACUGAGCGAUACUAACAUAGCACAAGUCCAAGCUACACAAGAGCAUCAGGGUGUUCAUGUCAGCUGCCAUCCAACUAUUACAUCAGUUAAUCGUUUUCAAUCUCCCAAGACCAGCAUGCAUAAAAGAACUGCUCGUUCAGGUUUGACACACUUGAGAAAGUGGGAGGUGAUUGGACCGUUUUGUUAAUAAACGAUUUGUUUACACAUAUAACCGGAUCUUCAAAUUUUUUAGCUUUUAUUUAUUGAUCGUUUUUUUUAUUACAUUUUUUAGUUAAUUUGAAAGUAUUACUAUACCUAGAAACAUAAAUUAACUGAGAAUCGUCUAUGACUUGGUAUUCUCAGGUAUAAAAACUUUUAAAAUUAAAAACAUUUGAGAGAAAAAUAGAUUUUAGGCACGGAAAAAUUGCUAGUGCCUCCUCAGAUAAUAUUUGUUGGACCCAAUUAUAGCUGUGUUGUUAAUGUAGGAGAAAAUACACAACGGUAAGGUCUUGUGUGCUUCUUUUUUGUCUUAUAACGUUUCCUUUUCUUUCUCAUGCAAACUUGUAACAGAAACUU